ACCGUGGUCAACGUCGAUCAGACCCACCAUCGCAUCUCCAUCCAGACCCUGAGACCCCAGCGUACCACUCGCUACCGCCAAUAUGUCUAUCGCAGGCUUCUCGUUCUGGUUCUGGCGCAUCAUGGAGAUCAUCACCCUGAUCCCGACGCUGGGCAUGCUGUCCUACUUCGUGCAUGCCUACACGGAGUCGAACUCACUCACACCCGCCUCCAUCCUGGUGCUGUUCAUAGUGUCAGUGCUGGGGGCAGCAUGGACCGUCGGGACGCUGUUCCUGUACGCCCGCGCGAGGCACUCGGCCAGCUUCGUCGCAUUCGUCGACCUGCUCUUCAUCGGCGCCUUCAUUGCCGGCGUGUAUGAGCUGCGCGGCAUCGGCAAAGCCAACUGCACCCAUUUCACGGCUGGCGGCUUCUACUUCGAUCUGGGCCCGUUGGGGUACAUUGGACGCAACUCCGGGAACAAGUGGGCAGUCAAUACAAACAAGAACUGCGCCAUGCUGAAGGCGUCGUGGGCGUUUGGAAUCAUGAAUUGCAUCUUCUUUGCAUUCACCUUCGUAAGUUCGAACCCAAUGCUUUGUAAAUCGACCAUCUUACUAACAAGCCGUAGUUCUUCGCUCUCCUCGUCCACCGUCAUCACCGCGACGACCGUGUCGUAGUCAAGCGCGAAAGCAGCCACACUUCUCGUCGCACCCAGCGCGGUCCCUCUUCCCGCAGCCCGCGACGAUCGCACCACAGCAGCAGGAGGAGCCAC